UGUCACAUUAUAUUUAUUAAAAAAACAGUGAAAUUAAUUUAUUAUAUUCCGUGACCCGUCACAAUUUUAAUGUUAUUAAAAAGUGAGCACAUAAGAUUCCGAAAAUGAAUUUGUGUAGAGCGUGUUUGUCUUCGGACAAGGAAUUAUUUCCUUCUGAUGAUAAUUUUGCUUGCAAUUACAACUUGCUUACUAAUAUAAAUGUCAGAUAUUCUGAUGGUAAGCCACAAUCUUUUUGCCAAAAUUGCAUAGAAGCUGUCAACUGUUUCAUGGAGUUUAGGAAUAAAUGUAUUUCUACUGAACAGGCAUUGCUAGGAAUAGUGGAGCAGGCAAUGAAAGCUGAGUCUCAUAGCAUAAAAAUCGAAAUAAAGUGUGAAACUGAAGAUUUUGCCACUGAUACCUAUUUUGAUGAUGAGCUUCAUGACUCUGCCGAGAAUGUUGGUGCUGAGAUUAAAAAAGAAUAUAAUGUUAAAGAAGAAAGACCUACUAGACGGUGUAAGAAACAGAAAAUAAAAACAAAAAAGAAGGAUAGUUCCAGCACCCACACAGAGACCUCUGUUCAACUGGCCAGCAAUAUUCCUACGUGCGGGUUAUGUGGUAAAGAAUUCAAAGAUGCAGCCACAUUAAGCAAGCAUGUAGAAGAGCAUGAGAUUAUCCACGGCUGCAAGUUCUGCCAGGCCACGUUCGAGCAUCGCGCUCAGCUGUUCGCGCACCGCAUAUUGCACACGGUGCAUAGCCAGGGCUGCCACCUGUGCGGCAAUAGAUUCAAGACGCAUGCCAAUUUGGAGUUUCAUUAUAGGAAGAUACAUUUUGGGGAAAAGAAUGUUCAGCUGAAGUGUGAGUUGUGUGUAAAAGAGUUUACUUCUCCUAGAAAAUUAGCAAAACACAUGUGGAGCUUGCAUAGUGAUAAGGAAUUCACCUGUGACAUUUGUUCCAAAAAGUAUAGUAACAAAGCCAAUUUAAAGACCCACGUGUUGAGCCACAGCGACGUCAAGCCGCACGUCUGCGACCUCUGCGGGUACAGCAGCAAAUAUGCCUCCGGUCUUGCGGCCCACAAUAUUCGGCGGCACGCGCCCACCAAGUGUAUCUGCAAGAUAUGCGGCAACGCGUAUGGCAACGCCGAGAGACUCGCCCGGCAUUCCUGCACCGACACCAGCCAGAUAUGUCCCGUGUGCGGCAAGAACGUGCGGCGCGGGCUAAUCCGCCACAUGCGGACCCACACCUCAGAGCGCCGCUUCAAGUGCGAGCGCUGCCCCGCCACAUACAAGUGCCGCUCGGCCCUCAAGGAACACCGCGACAAGCACGACAACAACCGAACCCAGGAAUGCGAGUACUGCCACGCUCGGUUUUAUUCCGGCUCCGUGCUUAUCAAGCAUCGUCGCAUACAUACCGGUGAAAAACCAUACGCCUGCACCAAGUGCGACAUGCGGUUCACCGGCGGCUACAACCUGAAGCUGCACAUGAAGGUCCACGGUGAGAACCUCGUCAACAAGAGGAAUAAAGAACAGGAUGUUUAGUUGCCUGCUAGUACUAAAACAAACCAUACGCCCGCAACAAGUGCGACAUGCGGUUCACCGGCGGCUACAACCUGAAGCUGCACAUGAAGGUCCACGGCGAGAACGUCGUCAACAAGAGGAAUAAAAAACAGGAUGUUUAGUUGCCUGCUAGUACUAAAACAAACCAUACGCCCGCAACAAGUGCGACAUGCGGUUCACCGGCGGCUACAACCUGAAGCUGCACAUGAAGGUCCACGGCGAGAACCUCUUCAACAAGAGGAAUAAAGAACAGGAUGUUUAGUUGCCUGCUAGUACUAAAACAAACCAUACGCCCGCAACAAGUGCGUCAUGCGGUUCACCGGCGGCUACAACCUGAAGCUGCACAUGAAGGUCCACGGCGAGAACCUCGUCAACAAGAGGAAUAAAGAACAAGAUGUUUAGCUGCCUGCUAGUAAUAAAACAAACCAUACGCCUGCAAAAUUGCGACAUGCGGUUCACCGUCGGCUACAACCUCAAGCUGCACAUGAAGGUCCACGGCGAGAACCUCGUCAACAAGAGGAAUAAAGAACAAGAUGUUUAGCUGCCUGCUAGUACUAAAACAAACCAUACGCCUACAAAAUUGCGACAUGGGGUUCACCGGCGGCGAUAUAUGUGAACAUGAGUGGGCUCAUGUCAUGCUUUCAUCAUAUUAUACCACAGUCAAGUGACUAAUGUGUCUCAUAGCCGCUAGCUGGCGCCACUGUCGCGCUCAUGGCCAAUAUGGUAGCAUUGAAAGAAGUUAAAUGGCAGUAUUCAGUAACGGUACGAAACGACACUUCGUGAAGUCACUUUGAAACCUGGUACGGAUGCAUCUUUAUUUUUUACCUGCUAUUUAAAAUUACUUAGCAACCAACGGCUAUACCAGUUGUAACGCACAGUGUUUCGUCUAGAACAAGCU